AUGUUGGUUUCGAUUCAGACGCUUUUUGCGGCGGUUUUGAUGCUGGUGACAAGAAUCGCAGUGGGCGAUGUGCAGGUGACAGAGCCGGUAGCCGGUGCUCAGUUUUCCGGGAGUGGCGGUACUGUCAGCAUUGAUUUGAAGUGGAUGGACAACGGAGCGAAUCCGCCGGUCGAUGAUAUCACAUCUUUCACUUUCACGUUGGAAACGGGUCCCAACAACCACAUCCAAGCGGUCAAGAAGCUGGAUGAAAGCGUCCCUCUCUCAGCUAUCACCAAAGUGGGUGACACCUACUCGUAUACGCUUCAAUUCCCUUCGGGCAUUAUCGGAAAUGGGCAAUACUAUAUCCAGGUCUAUUCGCAAGUGCAAGGGGGCGGCUACACGAACAACUACUCGCCUCGUUUCGAGCUGACUUCGAUGGGAGGCACCUCGUCUGCCACUUUCUCUGACUCGACUCAGCCCCCUGGCGAGACGCUGGUUGCCGGGACGGGCACCACCACCGCUUCAGUUGACACCAGAUCCUUCACGCUAUAUUACACGCAACAGACUGGCGUCUCCCGGUUCGCGCCCAUGCAGAUGCAGCCCGGAAGCAAGAUCACGGCCACCACCUGGACCAAGAAGUUCCCCACGAGCGCCGUGACGUACUAUUCCACCUACAGAAACACUUUGGCACAGGAGACCACUAUCACACCCGGUUGGUCCUACGUCUUAUCUAGUGGCAUCAACUUUGCCACGCCGGCACCGUACCCUACGGACAACGGUGGGUGGCAGAACCCGAAGCAGAGGCAGAGCCUGUCGACCAGAAAGAUCAACAUCAAGAAGAGAGCAAGGGUAAUGGGAAAUUAG